AUGAAAGCCAUAACACUCUGUUUCUUGGUUCUGGUUUCGGCCAGUUGUCUGCUCAAAACGAAUGCCAAUGUCGAUGUGCAUCCUGACUUUCAGGCUGCUGAAGUUGAGCUGGAUCUCUGGCUAGCCGAAUUGGAAGCCGAGGGUGAUUAUAUGGAUGUUGAGCAAUUUGGUUUCAUUGUCUCUUGUGCAAAGAUUCUGAAGAAAUGUUUGUCUUCUGUGCGUGGUGUCAACUGCAUCCUGAAGGAGGUUGUGGCCGUAAUGAAGGCCUGCACCGACUAUGUGGAGGCCAUUGAUGCCUGCGGCGUGGCUGUGCCCAAGGAUGUGGCUACUGUGGUUUCCUCUUGCAAGGCCAUGAUCACCAUCUGCAACAAUAUUAUCCAUUUGAAUUCCACCCUCUGUGCGAGUGACGACAGUACCACCUCCAAGUGCAUGUUGCAACUGUUCAAGGCUUGCAUGCAAUUGACCAGAAAAAUUAACACCACUUUGAAGCAAAUUACCAAAUUGCCCUCAGAUACCAGUUCUUGUUUUGUCGCAGCCACCAGCAAAGUGAAGACUGCAUGCAACAACUUUUUGCCAAACAUCGAUAAGUGUAUUGACUCCAUGUAG